GCAGGGCAGACAAACAAAACUGCUUUAGAACACAUGGACUUUCCCCACGUGAAUCAAUAUUCAAGCCCUGAUCUCCCUGUUGAGCAAUGAGGCCAAAGAGAAGAGGGAGCUGAAAGACAGAUGAGACAGAGGGAGGGCUGUGGGAUGUCAUCUGUAAAGAAGGAGAUUCUCAUUGGAGGCAAAGAGAAAGAAGAUUGCUAUGCAUGUUUUGAGGAAAAGAAAGGGGAAAAAGGAAAACAAAAAGCAUCCUACAUGCUGAAGCCAUCUUGGUCACACACUCCACUUACACUGGACUACACAUCUGAUUGUUAUUAAGAAGCUUUGGGGGGGGGGAAGCUCCAACAAGACUGGAAAGAUGUACUCCAAGUUGAAGUGGCUGAUUGUGUUCCAGCUCCUGCUGAAUGAACAGGCUCUGUGCAGGGUCCCACCUCCUCUUGCGCGGAGAAACAUUACGCUUCCAGAAGCCGACUUUAAUGAAGGGGGAGAGGAGACAGCCAAACAGGAUCAUCAGUCUCUUCUGGGAUCCCAAACCCAGCUCGGUAGCUCAGCUGCAGAAAAACCUGAUCCUAUUCGAUCUGCCAAUCAUAUAAUGUCAGUCCUCAGGGCGAACCUUCAGGGGCAGAUUCAAGAUCAUCUCCACAUUCAGGGGAACGUCAGCUGUGAGGAGUUGCUGUCUGCUAGCACCGUGGACGACCCAUCAUCCUCCAUGUUCCCCCAGGAGCUCCUGGGUCUCUCUUUAGUGCCUGUGUUGGUGGUGGCAGGCUGCCCACAAGAGGCACAGACCCUGGUGCUUAAGCUGUACAGCUUGCUGGGAGUGGCGGACACGGAGGAGCUUCUGAUGGAGGUGGAGGGUCUGAUAGAGAGGAGGAUGAGCAAGUCUGCAUCUACGCCUGCACCUGCAUCAGCAGCAUCGCCUUCAGGGAGGGAUCAAGCAGGGCGCCACAUAGAGGCUGUGAUGUUUAACAUCCAGCAGCUGGCCAUGGUGGGAGAAGGUUCCUCCAAGCAGGAAGGGCAUUGUGAGGGUUGGACCAGGGUGAGGGGAACCACACUGGCAGGAACAGCUGUGGAAGGAGCCACAGGUGAUCUAGAGGAGGCUGUGGGCACCUGCGAGAGACUGGGAGCCCUGUGUGCUGGUGUGACCAGCAGUGCACUACUCAAACCUGGGAAGUACCAGGCAGUGUUUAAGAAAGGCAGCCGCGUCCUGCCCUCUGAAUCCACAGUGUCUGAAUGUUGGAUCCAUCAGUGCAGCGCAGAGGACCACCUUUUGACCUCCGCUGCUUCGGGUCGUCGGGUGAAGCGAAGCCCCGAGAGGAGCUGCAUCAACAAAAGCGAGGAGCGUGUGUACAACGUGAUGGAUUGGAUCCCUGCAGUCAGCACCCUCUACAACCUCGGAACAGCUGUGUAUUAUGCUUCAGUCAACUGCUCUGAAACAGCCAAGGAGAGAGCCAUCCUCAGUGCGGUCGACCUCGGCACAGAUGCUCUCAUGGUCGCCACAGGGGGAACUGCCGGGGUGGCAGGCUACGCGCUGGGUGCAGGGAUGAAGACCGGUGUGAAAGCCGGUGUCAAGUAUCUGCUCAACUCCAUGAAGCAGGAAGACGAUGUGCUGGUGAACCAGUUCAGCUGGGAGGAGGGCAUCAUCACCAUCCAGUAGACAGAAGGAUCAAUAAAUCAGGCUGUGAAACGUUAGAUAAAAAUAUUGUUAUGAUUAGUUUAUACCUUUUUUUCAAACAAUGACAACAGGAUCAGUGUUUGUUAACUGACAUGUUUGAAGAGUAACAUAUCGGUUUACUAGACUUAAGAUUAAUUGGAAAACAAGAUUACACGUUUUUGCAUUACUCACGCAAUUAUCAAGUUUUGAAAGGAGAAAAAUUGUUUUUCUUUUUUCAUUUGUGUUUGCGCACACAAACUACAUUAAAGUUUGACACAAUGAUUAUUCUUAAUUGAAGAUGAUGUCAGUGAUUUUUGUAAACUAAUUAGCCUAAAAUAUAAUGCAAAUUCAGUUAAAGAAAAAACUUAA